GGGGGCGGGAGGAACAACGGGCCGGUGAGUGCCGCGGCCGCAGUCCCCGCCGAGCUCGCGCGGGCAGCCGCAGCGCCGUAGCCGCCGCCCGACCCCCUGAGGAGAGGACGUUGAGGCGGCCCUCCGCUAGCAGCCGCGGUGACAGCCCGGCGUCGGCGCGAUGAACCGCGGUGGCGGCAGCGCCUCGGCCUCGGCCAACUACCUGCUCUGCACCAACUGCCGGAAAGUGCUGCGGAAGGAUAAAAGAAUCAGAGUGUCUCAACCCCUAACAAGAGGACCAAGUGCCUUUAUUCCAGAGAAAGAAGUUGUCCAAGCAAACACGGUGGACGAACGGACAAACUUUCUCGUGGAAGAGUACUCUACGUCUGGUCGCCUGGACAACAUCACACAGGUGAUGAGCUUGCACACUCAGUACCUGGAAUCUUUUCUGCGGAGCCAGUUCUACAUGCUGCGCAUGGAUGGCCCCCUUCCCCUCCCAGACAGGCACUACAUUGCCAUCAUGGCUGCAGCCAGACACCAGUGUUCCUACCUGAUAAACAUGCAUGUGGAUGAAUUUUUAAAGACUGGAGGGAUUGCUGAGUGGCUGAAUGGCUUAGAAUAUGUACCACAACGACUGAGAAAUCUUAAUGAAAUUAACAAGUUGCUGGCACACCGGCCCUGGCUGAUCACGAAAGAGCACAUUCAGAAACUUGUCAAGACUGGAGAAAACAAUUGGUCCCUGCCUGAGCUAGUGCACGCCGUGGUCCUGCUGGCUCACUAUCAUGCUCUGGCCAGCUUUGUUUUUGGUAGUGGCAUCAACCCAGAGAGAGAGCCAGGAAUCUCCAACAAUUUCAGACUAAUCUCAGUGAACAGCUUCUGCGUGUGUGAUCUGGCUAAUGACAACAGCAUCGAGAACGCAUCCCUGUCGGGCAACAACUUUGGGAUUGUCGACUCACUGGGUGAGCUAGAAGCCUUAAUGGAAAGGAUGAAAAGGCUUCAGGAAGACAGGGAAGAUGGAGAGACGACUCAGGAAGAAAUGACCACGCGUUUUGAGAAAGAAACGAAAGAAAGUCUCUUUGUGGUCCCUGGAGAGACUUUCCAUUCAUUUCCUCACUCAGAUUUCGAAGAUGACAUGAUCAUAACAGCUGAUGUUUCACGAUACAUUGAAGACCCAGGUUUUGGGUAUGAGGACUUCGCCAGGCGAGGAGAAGAGCACUUGCCAACAUUCCGAGCGCAGGACUACACCUGGGAAAAUCACGGCUUCUCGCUGGUGAACAGGCUUUACUCUGACAUCGGGCACCUCCUGGAUGAGAAGUUCCGAAUGGUCUACAAUCUCACCUACAACACAAUGGCCACCCAUGAGGAUGUGGACACAACCACGCUACGCAGAGCAUUGUUCAACUAUGUUCACUGUAUGUUUGGAAUCAGGUAUGAUGACUAUGACUAUGGGGAAGUUAACCAGUUACUUGAACGGAGCCUGAAGGUUUACAUCAAGACGGUGACCUGCUACCCUGAGAGAACCACAAAGCGCAUGUAUGACAGCUACUGGCGGCAGUUCACACACUCAGAGAAGGUCCAUGUGAAUCUACUGCUGAUGGAAGCCCGGAUGCAAGCUGAGCUGCUUUACGCUCUGCGUGCCAUAACUCGGCACCUGACCUGAAGCCCCACCGGGAAGGCGUCAGCAUGUGUCAGGGCCUCUCACACAGGACUCAUAUCAGAACUUUUUGUGACGCAGCCUCAGCAGUUAUUCAGUUUCCUAGUGUCAAAGUUUAGCUGUCGAGGUUUAUUGUUUCUGUUUUGUUUUGUUAUUGUUGUUAGGGUUUGAUUGGGGGGGGCAGUUGUUUGUUUUGUUUGUUUUUAUUUUUUUCUGGCUGUAAUGUGCAAUGGUGUGUUUUAUAUUUCUCUAUGCUUAACAUUGCUAACAGUUGCAAAAGUAACCCUGACGAGCACUACUUCACAUUGCUUAGAGCUGGAUUUGGGGAUCUGACAUAAAUCAUGACCUGGUUUGUUACGGCUUCACUCAGUGCUCUGGAGUUCAUGUGUAUGUGUACCACUUGUCUACUUAAAGAGCAUAAGGACAAGUGCUUGCAAUCUGCUAUCAACAUCCUCUACCGGAAACUGCCCACGUGUGUCCUGAGUCUGGGAAGGCUUGUGCUAUUGAACCAAGCUGCUCCUGGAACACAACUUGUGCCCCAGGAGAUGAUCAGGCACUGUUCUGUUUUGGUUUAUCUGAUUUUUUUUCUUACACUGCUAUUGACAAUAACGUGAAAUGUGAUACAGACAUUGUCCAUAAUUUAAUGUGAAAUUAAUUAUGAUGAGUUCUAUAGCAUGCUACUGAAAUGCCAAAUUCAGCUACUUUCUUUGUCUUCUAAAGCAGAGGCCUCAUUUUCCCACAUGGCUGUCUGUGUGGCAGUGGACUUAGGCACAGUUCCUUGAGUCCUGCACCAUGGUCCUCUGUCAACUCUAGUAGCUGGUGCCUGCAGUGCUGCUUAUAGCUCGCACACAAAUCCCAGCACACAACACUGACCAAAUGUUUCUUUGCACAUGCUCCUUUGCUGAGAGUUAAGGAAGGUUAGUUAAUACACCCCUAUUUUUCCCUGUUACAGCUUUGGAAACUAUUUUACAUGAUUUUCGUCUUAUAAUACGUUAUAAUACGUAUUAUGAUACGUUAAGUAAUUUGUUAUUCAAAGGAAAAAAUGUGUUUCUGUGCUUUAAUGUGAUUGAGCAACAACAAAACAGUGCAUUGUUUUUAAAAAUCAACUCAGCUUCCCCUAUCAUGUCACUACAGAAGUGUCCUUUUAAACAGAGCCAUAAAGAAAUGACCUUCAGAUGUCUUUAUUGUGCCAAGUGUUUUCCAGUUUUACCUUGCUGAGGUUGAACUGUGAUUUCACUGAGCCAAAGCAUUCAUUUAUUCCCCCAGAAAAAUGUGUUUGGACAACUGGCUACACACACACACACACACACACACACACACACACACACUGUCAUAGAGGAGAAAAAAGGCAGCCAAAAAGUCACAUUUUUGCCUCAGUUUGUGUUGUUUGAUUAGACUAUCUUCAGAGAGCACAGGCCUGUGUGUUUCUAGCUUUAAUUUGUAUUGUGUUCCUGACCAGUGAAGUGCCUAGAGAGCUGCUAUAGCACCAGAGGACACAACUACACGGUUAGCGCCUUCGCUUGGUGAAAGGUGAUGUCAUUUUACACAUACAUGCUAACCUAAAACAUAGCUGUCUCUAGUGAGUCAUCCAUGAAGCUCCCACAGAGCGCUCACUAAGGCUUUCCCUGUUUUGUGGGUGUACUUUUCCUCUUAUGACAGAACUGUGGGCCGACGCUCCGUAGGCUAUCCUUCUGCCUGCUGUCCUUUUCUGGGAUGUUAGCUCCUUUUACUUAGCGUUCUAUCCUGGGGAGGAGACAUGAACAGUGACGGCUGUAGACCUGUAGCAUGGGUAGUUCUUCAUUUUUAGACUCCAGGAUCUUGCUUAACAUCCUCCAUGUGAGGAAAAAGUCACUAAGAUUUGAAGACAGGGUGGUUCCUUUAGAGAUUACUCAGAGAGCUUGUGCCAGGGUUCUGUAUUGUGUUUGUUGUGUGGACUGUGUUCAUUGCUUUUAGAUGUGUAUGAACCACGAGACCAAUAUGUAGAAGAAUGGCAAACACAGGCAGUGGCCUAAAUGCCCAUGAGCUUUCCCAGCUUUAAGGCUUUCACACUUAGGAUAGAGUUUGUUAGAAGAGUUUCACUUCAUAGCCUCAUUCUUUCGUUCAGAUGAACUGAGUGACAGGAUGGAAAUAGUUGUCCUGUGUUGACGAGGAGGAGGAAUUCUCACAGAACCCUGAAUAAGCUUUAGACCAAAAGGGAAGAAAACGGUUAAGUAAGUGGCCACUUACUUUUUGCUUUUGGUUUUGUGUUGCCCCAGAAAUGUAAGUAGAGAUUGGACUAUGGAAAUAUUAGUGCCUUUAAUAGAUUUCUCUUCUAGUAAAACUUCCUUUUAGUUCAACAGACCAAUCAAUAAUCAGGAAAAUAAGUUGACUUGGAACCGUGAAUAAAAACACAGCAAUGUAUUUAUGAGCCUCAGUGAACCAGCCUCAAAAAGUUGGUUUGUGAAGGUGGCCCCACCUCCACGCUACAGCAUGCACCCCACAUUCCUGGUGAAGAUGCUGCAGUGAGAGUGGGCUGUCAACCGCUUUAUCUAGCGCCAAACUUGAAAUUCCGAUGCGGUUUUCCAGGGUGGCAUUUUUUUCAGAGUAUUGAAUUUACAGCGUAGUAAUUUAUAGUAUAGCUUUUUAUACUGAAAUGUGAUAUUUUUCAAAGGAGCUAUCUGACUCAAUUGGUGUAAUAACAGAGCCUGUGAUAAACUGAGCUGCACCCGGGGCUCACAUUGUGCCAAACAUAAGCGUGCGAGUGUGUGUGGAGAACGCGUCUGGUUGUGACGUCCUCAACUCCUUGCUCCUUGUAUUAAAAUCAGCCUGAUAACCAUGAUGGGCAUGCUGGAAUAAUGCCGUUCAGUUCGGAAUCUCACAUUUGCCAGCAGCUGCUAAUUUUCAGUUUCUCAGAUCACUGUCAGAAACAUCAAGGAAAUCAGGCUUGGUGACACAGACCUGUAAUCCCAAUACAUGGAAGUUGUACAGGGGGUGGAGGUUUGGGGAUCAGCCUGGGCUAUAUUGUGACACCUUGUCUCAAAAAUUAAAAAGAAGAUGGAAAUAUGUGCAUACCCUCACACAUGAAAGUGGGCCUGCUCUUUAACCCACUGGACUGUGGGAAUGGCCCAAGUGCCCUGGGGCUGACUCUCACAUGGCUUCCUCGGGCAGAUUCCUGCUACUCUGGUGGAAAAUGGCUUUUGGAGAUGGACUACUUUUUAAAACAAGUUCCUUGUCUCAGUCCAAUGAGUUAUUUGUUGUCCCCAACCCCGCCUUAGGGUGCUCUGUAAAUCAGGGGUAGCUAAAAUGGAAUCCAGGGUGUAGCCUUGGGCUUUUGAACCAGUUUUAAACCCAAUAUAGCACAGCUGUACAGGGCUAUUUUUAAAAGAGAAAACUCAAGAUUUAUAUAAAGGUCAUAUAAAAUUUGAACCAGAGCCCUAUUUUGUUUGUGUUGUAUCUUUUAAAAAUUUACAUAAUUCUAAGAUCUAACGGAUAUCAUCCAGGGAAUUACUUUCUCUCCCACCUCAGAAAGCUUUGCUAAUUCAAAAUCAUAGAAUUUUUAUGCCUCACCAAAGUGAAUUUACCAGCAAACAGUUAUAGAUUACUUCUUAAAAUAGUCAACACUUCCAGUGGCAAGUAUGUGCCUGUAUGAUGGCAAGGCUCCUUUAAACUGUAAGACAAGGACAAAGAACAAAUCCAGUGGACCGCACAGACGGUAUGUGCUGCAACGGGCAAAUGAGGUUUUUAACUUUGCGUUGUGUCUCUUUCUCUGUGAAACAGACCAUUUUGCAUGGGAUAAAAGGCAUGCAAGAUGAUCCACAUUUGCAGUGCAUACACUUUGUUAGUGGUACUUCACCAGCAAGCAGAAAGGUCUGAAGGGGGUACGGUUGGAACCAGUUCGAGGUGGCAUCACCCUGCACUGGUCCCUACUGUCCCUGUGCCUCUGGAGACUCAGAUGCAGACUCAAUCUUUCCCCAAAGCAGGCCAUAAUGUAAGUGUAUCCUGUCAGUCCACAGUGUGAACCCCACAUAUCCGCAUUUUACAUCACUGCUAAUUUGGCCACCAACAGCACCUGCUUAGGGAAGGCCAAGACCGGAAAAGGCCGGUAUGAAGUGGAUCUGGAGUGGAAGUGUGCACCAAGGCUGAGCCCUGUGAGGAAGAAAACAUUUUACAGGAACAGUUGGAACACAGAGCUGAGAUUCUGACUGUCCUUGGCACAGGCACCUGCUAUAUAGGUAAAAUCUCUCACCAGCUUCCAUCCACCCUUUCCCGCUUUUCUCUUCCUCAAAGUGCCUCAUCCACCAUCCCCAAGCCUGUCUGGGUCUUAAUGCCUUUCCCAGUCACCAGCCACCUGCUGAGCGUCACCACUACGUCUUUCUGAGUAUGUCUUCCCCCAUCAUGAAGAAUAUGGCUUUUCCCCAACCCCCUUCCACUCUCUCCACCAUCCAUCUAUAUUUUUGCCUUGGACACCUUGGCAGAUAAAUACGGCAUCCAGUGUGUUCUGUCUACCCACUGCUGUUCAUACCCUCUUCCCAGCUGCCAAGAUACCUUGCUCUCCUCUACCUCAGCCCCAAAGAGCCUCAGCCUUCUCAUGGGUUCAUUCUCUGUUGUUCAGUAAUACUACUCCAUAUUUUAAAUAAAUCACAAAACGUUUGCCUUCUAUCAAAGUAGGAACCUUUAUAUUUAUACAUGAUAAAGAAAUUAAUCUAUUUCUACCAUGCAGAAUUUAACAUUUAGCAAGAAUUCAAAGUGAUUGAAUUACUAGCCUAACUUGGUUUGUAUUAGAGAGUGAAUACUGGUAAUAGUCCCCGUUGCUUAAAUGCAGAGUUAAAAUUCUCCAACAGUCCAGAGUAACCUGUAAGUCUUCAAUGGGACAAGAAAUCCCUGGCAGACAAAUUUGGAUCAUAUUAGCCUAUUUGCUGUGUAAUGUAGAUUAAAAAAACAAAAAAACAAAUCCCACAAAACUGAGUACAUGAGCAUUUCACUCAGUUAAUUAAGCUUCUAACCCCAUUCUUCCCUGGGUGAGAUAAGAAGGGUGUUGGCUUGAGACUUGUUCCUGCCGCUGCUCUUUGUGUGAGUCCAGAUAGCGUCAUUAAGGGGCAGAGGUGGUAGUGCUGCUGCUUCCCCCACAGCCAGGCUCCUAAGAGGAGACACAUGUUCACACAUAGACGACUGUCCAACCCAAAGGUGAACUACCCUGUUUGGCGUGUAGAUCAGAUCUCUGAUCAUCUUCAGGUGUUCCCAUCCCAGACGUGAGCACCCACAUGCAAUGCCCGAUUAAUGUGUUUAAGGACCCAAGAGUAAAGGAGGUUCUUAGUUAGGCAAUGACCUGGUGACUUAAAAUGAUAUGUCAAGAUGUGUUCAUUUAGCUUUAACUAAAUUAGGACUGCACUGCCAUUAUUACAGAACUGGAAGGGUAAGGGAGCGUCUGCUUCUGUAUGCAUGUGGGAACCCUUGAGGUGAUCCAGCCUGUGCCACAAAGUAGCCUAUAGAACGAGCACCCCACUUUAUAGUUCACAGGACCCCAAACAUUAAAAAUUGAAAUAUCAUAAAUAUAAUUUUGGUAUGUAAAAUUUUGCUAAAGCUGUGUAUUUCUUACUCCAAGUAACCUCUUAAAAUGAAUGUAUCGUUUCUAUGGAGAGAAUGUUAGAGAGAGUCUGUGGUCUUUAGUGUUAAAAUGCUGCUCAUGGGUAUCGCUGAGUUAAAUGUACACAUUAGAUCCAGAGGAAACCUGAUUUCUUAAUUGAUCUUUACAAACUUUAACUGGGCUCUCCUGAGUCUGAUAGAAGAACAAAAGGUAGGAUGAAGAAAAUGUAUCCGAUGAGUGGCCAAAGAUUUGCCUUUUCAAAGCAGAGGCAUCUCUAUCCUGAAUCUCCCUGGUUUCCCAAAAUAGAAGCUGAGUUAAAUGGUACCCUGUCCACCAAGGAAAGUGAUCCCUAUUUCACAGCCAAUGCAGACAUUGCUUUUAUAUUGGCUGUCUCUGCAGAGAGAGAAAUUAGGAUUUAUUUUCUUCCUCUGUCUCGUCACAUUUACUCUUUCAACCCAAAACAAGAUGGAUGGGAAAACAAGUGCCGGGCCACUGGGCAUCUCCUUACUCCUUGACCAGGGACACAGAGUCUUGGCAAGGAAAACCAGAACCCUGUCGGGCCACCCUGGAAACAUGGCCUCGCCACUUGGCUUACCUCCUUCAAACAUGAAAGAAGUGUUCCUCUCAUGGAAGAACUGGAUGUAGCUUUUAACUAUGAAAUAGGAGUUGAACUUGAAAAUUCUUCUGAGUCCUGAUUGUGCAGGCCAGCUGCAUAAUGAAUGUAUACAUGAAGACUGUGGCUGAAUCGCAUGAAUCAGAUGCCAAGUUCAUGACUUUCCACGUAGACAUCUUCUCCUUAAGGUGUGAGUGAUGUAUGUAGCAUGCUGUGAAGCACCUGUUCUAGUUCAUAAUUCAUCAGUAUUAAUACAGUUACCCUUGCGUCCCUUGGUACUUUAUAUUUGAUGUAAUCAGAAGCUGUGAUGUUUCACCUUUGUAGUCCUGUGCUUUGUUGCUGUAAUUUUCCUUAUGAAGCACAUGACUUUGGACUCAUGUAAGGUGGAUGAACAUGAUCUUGAAGACUGCUACACACACACACACACACACACACAUCAGUCUCUUACUCUAUAUGGUUUUAAGUUAGGAUAAGCUUCUCUCCAAUUUUUUAUUGAUGCAGUUUAGGGUCUACAAGUUCACUGUCAAGUGGCAGCAUCUUCUUUAUAGUUUCAACUCUGAAAACAGCAAGCUUUCUCGAUGGCCACUUCACCCUUUUUCCUGCAGAACAGACCCUGCGUGGAUGCAGACGACGGUGGUUACCGAUAAUGCCCUCCACAUGCAUUGACAGUUCUGGCGAUGACAGAACCCAGGAGAGCUUCUAUGUAUAAGUAGGCUUGAUGUUUGUUCUUAUGUUGCUGACUUGACAGUUCUGACUAGAGCUGACCCAAACGGGCCAGCUUGUGUGUGAUACCCUUGUGUUUUAAUGCUUCUCUUCUCGUUCUGCUGUUGUUGGUUUUGUUUUUUGAGGGAUGGGUAAUAUUAUUUGAACAGAUAAAGAAGGAACGGUUAGUGAAUCAAGACAAACACAUCUGAAAUAAAGGAACUGUAUAUUAACCUGUUAACAAUUCAUAACUGCACUUUUUAUGACAUUUUGAAAAAAUCUAUUUAUAGGUACAGAACAAUGGGUUUUGUUAAACUGUAUCACGUUUAUACCUGCAGAAUUUAUUUCAUUGUUAUUAGUAGGAAUUUUAUUGGUUCAAUAAAAUUGGCAAAACUGA